AUGAGACUGUGGUUCUCAUGGUUUUCACAAGAACCAAAUCAAUUAUUUAGGAAGAUAAACUUGAAGUGCACUCUAAACUUCACUUUUCAUUUUAUCCUUAAGCUUUUGAUGAUGAUAUGUAUGCUGAUCAUACAUUACAUCUCACAAGACUGUUACGAAUUGUUAAAUGGAAAAGAAGAAAUUCUAAAUCGAAUUCGAAGCAGUUUGAGGAAUAAUAACAAUAAAGAGACACAACAAAGCACGAACAACUGCCGUAAUGCUCAUAAUUUCUAUCUGCAAUUUCAUUAUCGAAGAGAAAUACUUGAGGAUUAUACGGGAAUGGUUUUUGAUACCAAAUCAUUGCAAUAUUAUGAUUAA